ACGAAACAGUUUCAUUAUUUACAACAAUAAAAAGUGAUAUCUUGUUACUAUUACAAUUGAAAAAUCUACGUGAUCAUUUAGCAUCAAUCUAUUUUUCUUUUAUAUUAAUAAUGUUUGCGGUGGUGACUUGUUGCAGUUAAUCGUAUCGAGGCAAUUAAGAAGAAUCAAAAUUCCAAAGAUCCCUGUAAAAAUCAUGUCUUGGGUGCCUCCAGAUUUGAUAAGUCUUUGUUCACCUCACUCUACAGUUUCAACAUGUCAACCACCCACCUUAAUGUUCCUAGCAUUUAUUGCCCAUCUAUUUGGCCAUUCCAAAGAUUCUUACUACUCCUCGUUAGACCCGUUAAAUCAACCGAGUUCAUCGUGGGACUUCGAUAUAAAAAGACCAAGCCCGCCAUAUUAUCAAGAGCACUUCUCAAGGAAGGACCACUUCGAAACAGAUUCCUCCUUUCCAACAUCGAUAAAGAAGAUUUACAGCUCACUUCCAGUUAUAUCCAACGACGGAAACCAUGAAAGUGCUCUAGUUAAUGUGAAAACGGCAAUUCCGGCCGUGAAUUUUGCUCAAGUUUAUGGCUUCUAUCCUCGAUUCGAUAUCGCCACGGUUUACGACCACGUUGCUGGCCUCGAAGACAAAAUCUACAGGAAACCUCAAAGAACGAUAAACCAGAAUGUCAACACUUUUCCACAUUUGCCAAAUUUUGGUGACAAUCUGGGAUACCAAAAUCCAGCUGUACAAAUUAUCCAAAAGACAUAUGACAACUUGAUUGAGAAACAAAAUUUUCAUCACACCGAAUCACCUUUAAAUCAACCAAUAAAUUAUAUCAGUAAUUAUGGUAGUUCACAUGCAACAGAAAGGAUAGAGGCGAGAAGUUCCAUAAAUUUUCCGCGUGCAUCGAAAUUCUUGAAGAAAGAAUAUGAUUUCAUCAUAGUAGGAGGUGGCUCGGCCGGAUGCGUUCUUGCUAACAGACUGAGCGAAAUAAAAAAUUGGAAGGUGCUUCUGUUGGAAGCUGGAAUAGAAGAACCACUGGUAGCUGAUGUUCCAGCCUUCGCCUCUAUGUUGCAAGCUAGCAAUAUCGAUUGGAUGUAUCGUACACAACCAGAACAACACUCUUGUCGAUCGAGAAGGGGUAGAAGCUGUGCAUGGGCAAGGGGUAAGGUAAUGGGUGGUUCCAGUACGAUCAAUUACAUGAUUUAUAUCCGUGGCAAUCCUAAAGAUUACGAUGAAUGGGCUGAGAAAGGCAAUUAUGGAUGGAGUUACCAAGACGUCUUGCCAUAUUUUCUUAAAUCCGAGAACAACGAGGAUCCAGAGAUCGUUAAAGAGAACCCGUACUACCACAAUCAAGGGGGCUACCAGACGGUGGAACGAUUUCCCUACACCGACCCGAACACAGAGAUUCUAGUAAACGCGUGGCGGGAACUCGGACUCGACCCAGUGGAUGCCAACGCGAACAGACAGUUGGGCGUGAUGAGACUCCAAAUGACUUCGCUCCACGGAGCACGUCAGAGCGCGAACAGUGCUUUCGUAAGGCCUGUCAGACGCAAAAGAAAGAACCUGACGGUUAAAACCCAAGCCCAUGUCACCAGACUGCUGAUAGACGGUAUAACGAAACGUGUGACAGGAGUUGAGUACACUUCAACGAUCACAGGAUUCAGCAAACUUGUCUCGGCUAGGAAGGAGGUGAUUUUAUCAGCAGGAACGAUCAAUUCACCGAAAAUCCUUAUGCUUUCCGGUAUAGGUCCGAUGGAAGAUCUAAAGAAACACGGGAUCAAUGUUUACAGCGACCUACCGGUAGGUAGAAACCUUCAGGAUCAUGUAACAAUGGACGGUCUGGUGAUCGCGUUGAAUGCUACAUCGACUACCAAGACUAACCUGGAGAAGAAGAAGGAUGUGUUUUAUUAUCAGAACACCCAUAAGGGUCCUUUGUCCUCCACUGGAACCCUCGCCUGUGGUGUAUUCCUACAAACCAUCUGGGAACACGAACACGGUCUGCCUGACAUCCAGUACGCAUUCGAUGCCAGCAAUCGGAUGGACUUUCUACGUGACCCUGCAGAGUUUGGGGAAACAGCGGUGGAACCUUUAUCUUAUUACGAUGCCAUCAAUAUCAGACCUAUUCUAUUGUCACCGAAAAGCAGAGGACUUGUGUUAUUGAAUGAUAGCGAUCCCUUGUGGGGUCCACCGCUCAUUUAUCCCAGAUACUUCACUGCUUAUCCCGACGCGGAAGCCAUGGUGGAGGGAAUACGAGCUGCAGAGGAAUUAUUUCGUACCAAUUCUUUUCGAGAACACGGCUUUACUUUCAUCGAUACUCCUCUGCCAGCCUGUAGACACUUGCUCUUUGAUUCGAGACAGUAUUGGGGUUGCGUGAUGAUGGAGUACACCGCGACCAUCUUUCAUCCGGUUGGUACUUGCAAAAUGGGACCCGUAUGGGAUCCAGAAGCUGUGGUGGAUUUGAGGCUGAAGGUAUACGGGGUGCAUGGGCUCAGGGUGGUGGAUGCUUCCAUAAUGCCGAAGAUUAUUAGGGGAAAUACGAAUGCGCCUACUAUUAUGAUCGCUGAGAAAGCUAGUGAUAUGAUUAAGGAGGAAUGGUUGUAUAGAGAUGAAUAAAUGGGAUGUUUUUUGUUAUUGUUAUUUUUGGAUUACAUUCAAAUUAUUGUUAUUGAUUUCAUUGACAAAAAUUUAUGAUAAUUAAUAAGUUUCACUUUUUAAGGGUUCACUUUGUGUUAAUGCAACGCUUCAUUUACCCUUUUCUCAGUCAAUUUGUGAAUUGAAUUUUCUAUUAGUAAAGAAUAUAAGCAAAUCAGAUAUCGUGCAGACUUGGAUUCAUUACGUGUUACCUACUGUUAGGCUCCUAAAGAAUCGAACCUCGUUGAACAAAAGUUGUUGGUUACUUAAAAUUUUCAAAUAUAAGAAAAA